AAAUGAAAAUUUAAAAAAACAGAAACAACGGAAAUCUUUACCCACAACAAAAUAUUCAAAAUUACCUUCAAUGUGUGGAUGAACAAAAAAAGUCACUCUUUGCCACAACCAGAACUAAGGCCUUUGUAACAAAAAAAUUAGUAGCCGAAAAUCGGAAUUUUUGAACUUCAGCUCAAAAGAAUUAUUAGCGAGAUUCUAAAAGGUACAGCUGGAGAAAUUCAUUUUUCCUAAGAUGCAUAUUGAAAUCCAGAUUGCUUUAAACUUUGUCAUAUCGUAUCUCUAUAACAAAUUGCCACGGAGACGGGUAAAUAUUUUUGGUGAGGAGUUGGAGAAGGCAUUGGGAGAAAAAUUCCUAGGACAUUGGUACCCAGAAAAACCGUUUAAGGGAUCUGCUUACCGCUGUUUAAAAACUGGCGAUCCUAUCGAUUCUGUAUUGGAACGAGCAGCUCGCGAAAGUGGAGUACCUAUUUGCGAUGUGUUAGAAAACUUGCCAAGCGAGCUAUCGGUUUGGGUAGAUCCUGGUGAGGUGUCAUUUCGCAUUGGCGAGAAGGGAGCGGUUAAGGAAACCAUUAUCGACAUUCUUAAAAAUGUCCUCACAUACGAGAACUUUGAAAACGAGGAUAAAUCAAAAAUGCCCGGAGUUUAA